AUGACACUGGAUACGAAGGAGCAUGGAGUGGAGGAGCCACUGUACAUUCCGCUUAAGGUACGACGUCAGCGUGAACAAGAACGACUGCAGCGAAGGCGAAAAGAGCUGAAUGAGCGCAUUCAGCAAGAGCGUAGCGACGGCGACAGUGACGUCAACUCGGACGAGGAACAGCCGAAGCGACAGAAGACACAAGAACCAAGCACAGAAGCGUCGCCGUUGCAUUUGGCACUGGAUGAGCCACAACAGCGCUCAUCCGUAAGUCUUCUGGAUCAGGCCUAUGAGAUGCGUAAAAAGUUAGAGGAGCGGGGCGUGAAUCAGUACAAGGCACAGCAAGACGCACAGGAGGUCAAUAUGCUCAAAGAGGCAAGUUACGUACAAAAAGUGGCGCUAGUUUCAGCUCACGAGCGCGCUGAAGGGAUACACUACGAGAAUAUCAUGACAACUACGUGGAAUCCACCGCGUAGCAUUUCGAAUAUGACGCAGGAAGAAUGUGAUGCAGUUCGCAAAAAGUGGCACAUUCUUGUCGAAGGAGAGGAUGUACCACCGCCUAUCAAGUCGUUUGAGUACAUGCGCUUUCCGCCAGUCAUCUUAGAUGCACUAAAGGCUAAGAAUAUAAUGCGACCGACACCUAUUCAGGUGCAAGCAAUUCCGUGUAUUUUAGCGGGACGAGACAUAAUCGGCAUCGCGUUUACUGGUUCUGGCAAGACAGUCACGUUUACGCUGCCACUCGUUAUGCUGGCACUUGAAGAGGAAAAAAAAAUGCCAAUUAUAGGUCGUGAAGGCCCUUUUGGACUUAUUGUAGGGCCAUCACGCGAGCUUAUGCGACAGACCUUCGAUGUUGUGAAGCACUUUACCGAUCAUUUAUUUAAUGCUGGAUAUCCGGAAAUUCGCAGUUUGCUUUGCAUUGGUGGAGAAGACAAGCGUCAACAGUCCGAUCUGAUAGCUAGUCGUGGCGUACACAUCGUAGUGGCCACUCCUGGUCGACUAAAUCACUUUUUAAAAUUACGUGAAAUGAAUCUACGACUUUGUAAGUAUAUUUGCUUGGACGAAGGAGAUCGCAUGCUUGAUUUGGGCUUUGAUGAAGAAGUUGCCACAACCUUUAACCACUUUACAAGUCAACGACAAACACUUUUGUUUUCGGCUACUAUGCCUCAAAAAUUCCAGGAUUUUGCUAAGGACGUUCUAGUAAAACCAGUUCUCGUAAACGUCGGUCGUGCUGGUGCCGCUAACUUAGACGUUAUUCAAGAGGUUGAGUACGUGAAGCAAGACGCCAAGAUUGUUUAUCUUUUGGAAUGUUUGCAAAAGACGAGUCCACCUGUCGUAAUCUUUUGUGAACGUAAGGGCGAUGUUGACGAUAUCUACGAGUAUCUUAUUCUGAAGGGUGUUGAAGCAGCUUCAAUUCAUGGUGGAAAAGAUCAGGAAGAGCGAAACGAAGCCAUUCGGCUGUUUAAAACUGGACGGAAAGAUGUGCUAGUUGCCACGGAUAUUGCAGCCAAGGGCCUCGACUUUCCAGAUAUAAAGCACGUUAUCAACUUUGACAUGCCCGCAGAAAUUGAAAAUUAUGUGCAUCGAAUUGGCCGAACCGGUCGUUGUGGUAAGACUGGUGUGGCUACAACUUUUAUAAACAAGAGCGUACCAGAGAGUGCUUUGCUGGAUCUUAAGCAUCUGCUUGUUGAAGCCAAGCAAACCGUACCUCCAGUACUGAAGGCCCUAGAGGAUCCAUAUGAAGAGUUAGAGCGCAAUGGUGAUGGACUCUCGAACGCCACAGGCUCGAAAGGCUGUGCAUUUUGUGGUGGUCUUGGGCACCGAAUUACAGACUGUCCAAAAGUUGAUUCACAAGUUCGAAAGAUUGGGGCGGGUAAACGCGACUUUCUUGCUGGAAAGAGAGAAGGUUACGGCGGUGAUUCGCUUGGAUAA